ACCCGGAAACAGCCUCGCCCCGCCUACGUGGGACCCAACCGCGGCGACCAGACGUGCACUCCUCCAGUAGCGGCUGCACGUCGUGCCAAUGGCCCGCUAUAAGGAGGUGAGCGUGUCCGGCUUCGAGGAGUUCCACCGGGCCGUGGAACAGCACAAUGGCAAGACCAUUUUCGCCUACUUUACGGGUUCUAAGGACGCCGGGGGGAAAAGCUGGUGCCCCGACUGCGUGCAGGCUGAACCAGUCGUACGAGAGGGGCUGAAGCACAUUAGUGAAGGAUGUGUGUUCAUCUACUGCCAAGUAGGAGAAAAGCCUUAUUGGAAAGAUCCAAAUAAUGACUUCAGAAAAAACUUGAAAGUAACAGCAGUGCCUACACUACUUAAGUAUGGAACACCUCAAAAACUGGUAGAAUCUGAGUGUCUUCAGGCCAACCUGGUGGAAAUGUUGUUCUCUGAAGAUUAAGAUUUUAGGAUGGCAGUCAUGUCUUGAUUUCCUGAUUUGUUCUAGUAUCAAUAAACUGUAUACUUGCUUUGAAUUCAUGUUAGCAAUAAAUGAUGUUAAAAAACUGG